GGAAAGACCCAGGAGUUUCAGCUUUGAGUCUGAGGUUCUCCUGAGCUCUGUACAAAGAAAGGCACGGAGGCUGCUACCUGUGGCUGGACCUGGUGCUGGAGACACUGCAGGAGCUUGUGACCAACUGCCAGAUGGCUUCAAACCGGAAAGAAGAGGACAACUGCACAAACAGAAAUCCACUUAAGAUUUUGGAGUUCCUGGGAAAAGAUAUUAUGCAUAACAUGGCAAAAAAAAUAGAAAAGAAAUCAAAGGAAGCAGUAAAGAAAAAUAAUUUUGAUAUCAAAAUUGGAGACAAGGCCUGGGUCUUGGUAAACACUGUGGAGAACCAGGAGGUAGAAGAAGUGUUUGUCAAGCCCUUCCUGACUAUGAACCAAAUGGCCAGCAGCAUGGAAGCUGCUCCAGAAAUCAAGGCUGGACCACCAGAGGCAGCAGAACCCACAGAUACCCUCAAGCUCUGCCCUCAUGAAGAUUUCCUGAGACUGAGCAAAGAGCGGGCUGCAGAGAUCUACCCCAUAAAGGAGAAGGCAGACGGGCGCUCUCGCCUGGCUCUCAUCAUAUGCAAUACAGAGUUUGACCAUCUCGCCCCCAGGGAUGGGGCUGACCUGGACGUGCAAGGGAUGAAGGGGCUGCUCGAGAGCCUGGGCUACAGCGUGGAUGUAAAAGAGAAGCUCACAGCCGAGGGCAUGGAGUCUGCGCUGCGCGCCUUCGCCGCCCGCCCGGAGCACGUGUCCUCGGACAGCACGUUCCUGGUCCUCAUGUCCCACGGUGUCCUGGACGGAGUCUGUGGGACCGCGCACCGCCGGGAGGCCCAGGACGUGCUGCCUUACGACACCAUCUUCCAGAUAUUCAACAACCGCAACUGCCUCGGUCUACGAGACAAACCCAAGGUCAUCAUCGUCCAGGCCUGCAGAGGAGAAAACCGGGGAGAAGUGUGGGUCAGAGACUCUCCGGAAGCCUUGGUGGUCAGCGCUUCACAGUCACCUGACACCCUGGAGGAUGAUGCUGUUCGGGUGACCCAUGUAGAGAAGGACUUCAUUGCUUUCUGCUCCUCCACCCCACAUAACGUGUCCUGGAGAGACAUCAGGAAGGGCUCCCUCUUCAUCACACAGCUGGUUGCAUGCUUCCAGAAAUAUUCCUGGCGCUGCCACCUAGAGGAAAUAUUUCGGAAGGUGCAACAAUCAUUUGAAUCACCAAGUACUCAGGCCCAGAUGCCCACUGUUGAACGACUAUCCAUGACAAGAUAUUUCUACCUGUUUCCUGGAAAUUAAAAAUAUUUUUGGCCUGGGCUGGGUUUGAACCUUCCACCUCUGGUAUAUGGGGCUGGUGCCCAACUCCUUUGAGCCACAGGUGGUAUAUCUUUUAAAAAUUUUAUACUGAGUGAGAUAAGAAACUCUUCAAGUACUUUUGAACAAAGAAGUAACGUACUCUACUUAAGUUUUACAAAGAGCAUCCUGAGUACUUUUUGGUGAAUCUCCUGCAUGGGUCACAGAUGGGAGUCAAAGGAAGCAAGGAAAGCUCGUGGAAGAGGAUAGAAGAAUUGUGAGGAAUGGAUGAAGGCUGUGGGGGAUAACCAUCUUGACCUGGUUUUUUCUCUCUCCUCAGGAAACUACAGGUCACCCAGCCCUCUUUUGUCAACUUUAAGAAGCACAUGCAUUUAACCUUUCAUAUUUCAGUAAAUGUGAAUACAGAAGAAUCUGGGUGCAAUGGGUUAUACCUUUAACUCCAGCUAUUUGAGAGGGUGACACAGGAGGGUUUCUUGAUCCUUAGGCAUUUGAGACUAGCCUACACAAUACGGCAAAACCACUUCAUCUCUUGAAAGAAAAAGAAAAAUCCACAAAAAAUGAACUAUGUCUUUUUAGGUUCUGUAAUAGAGAAUAUAACUUUGAUUAACAUGACAGGUAAAUAAAAAUGAA